GUAACCGGUGUGAGUCAUUCGGCAUUGCCUCGGCCAUUGUUCAAUUACAUACCGGGAUUUGAGUACCUCGUUCGAGCCGGUUGGACACCGGACGGGACAUAUGUUUGGUGUCAGCUGAUUACACGCACUCAGAAUCGGUUGGAAUUGAUCCUCAUACCGGUUGCCAAUUUUCAAUCAACCAAUAGCACAGUUCCAUCCGAUUUGUGUGCCAACGAGACAGGGACACAUGAUCGACAAUCUCCGUGUAUACGUCUCGUCGUGGAAGAAGAUGUUGAGUUUUGGGUGAAAAUCACAUUUGUCUGGGCCAGUCAUCGCUCCGGUUUCUCUCAUCUCUACCUGAUGCAACGUUCUUGGGCUUCAUGGUCCGACCUGAUCGGCAGUGUGACCCCUGUGGACGCACCGAAUGCCGGCACCGCCCUGAUUCUCGAUGCGGAAGAACUGUUCACGGCACAAUUGACUUCUGGUUCAUGGGAGGUAACGGGAGAACAGAUCUGGUUGGAUGAAACGCAUCAACUGGUGUAUUUCGAAGCCAAUCGGGAACAUCCACUAUUGCGGAAUAUCUAUGCGGUGAGUUAUGCCUGCAGUACACGUGGCCGUCUGAUUCGACUCACACCAACUUGUCCAUCUGUGGUGAGCACAGCUGAGAAUGAGAUCCAGUCUGGGGAAGAUUCACUACUAUCUGCUAGCCCGCCCGUAUUUCGUGCGGGCCAAUCAUAUUUCACCACCGGGGCAUCCUGCUUUGAUCCCACAUUCCCUCUGUGUCCCAGUCUAAACGACUAUCCGCUCUCGUACGAGGUUAGUGCAUUGGAUGUGGAAUCGGGCUGGGCGGUACUCACAUCCAGCAGUCUGAGUCGUCUGCCGGGAACGCAGGUUGUUCGAAUCGUGUUCCAGUCGGUCAGUUCCAGUUCGGACAUCUCCAUCUCCAGUCCGGCCAGCACGACCAAUCCGGAUCUACUUGGCCCGACCCGGAUGGAACCGUCAUUUCGUCAUGUAGCUUGGCUCCGGCAACAUGUAUCUCACCACAGUGCUGCCUCACAAUUUAUCCGUCCUUGUGAUCCGCCCAAGGUGGUUCGAUACAAUAUUGACGAGGCUGAGUUCGAAAUGAUCGAUCCGUCCCAAUCAAACCAUCCCCAACCGAAUCCACCCCUGUCGUCCCCUACCGCAUCGCGUCAUCAUUAUCCGCAAACAUUCCUGUACGGUUUGUUCCUGAUGCAUGCCAUGCUGUACUGCCAUUUCGGUUAUGCCGUUUUCCUUUGCGAUUGUCGUGGAUCCGCCAAUCGAGGUAUCCUGUUUGCCGGUCACAUCAAAGAUCGCCUGGGCCAAGUUGAAUUGAACGAUCACGUGGCAUUCCUAAAACACGUGGCCAACUCGACCGGUCUCAUUGAUAUGUCACGUGUGGCCAUCACCGGUUAUUCGUACGGUGGAUAUAUGAGUCUAAUGGCAGCUAUGCACUAUUCGCACAUAUAUCGGGCUGUUGUUGCAUGUUCUCCCGUGGUUGAUUGGAUCUAUUAUGACACAGCAUACACGGAACGUUACCUGGGUCUGCCAAGAGAAAAUCCAACCGCCUACUGGUAA